AUGAAUUCCAGCCAGGAAAAAGCACCCAGUCCGCUAUUCAUCGCCGCAGCCAAUAGACACGGGGGUAUUGUCCAGGAGCUGAUAGCUCGUCACCACGAUAUGAACGGGCCGGAUAGGAAUAGUGCCACACCUCUGAUGCAAGCGUGCCGGAAUGGGCACAUUGAUGUCGCGAAGUUUCUUAUCAAUCAUGACGCAGAUGUUUCAGCACGUAACAUCUCAGGCUAUACGGCGCUAUAUAUGGCAGCUGAAAUCGGAAACCUAGAGUUGGUCAGCUACUGCUGCGCAAUGGUGCCACUGUCGAUGAACGAAAUCCAGUUACCUCACCCGCGCGAGUUGCCAGAACUCCAAGUAUUCGGCGGGUGCUGA